CGGGGUCGUUUUAUUUUGUGGCCUGAAUCGUUACCGACCGACAGACAGACACGCGUGGACAAGUCGAAGCGAGAAUGUCCCAGAACACGGAGCUCAACCUGACCGGAGUCAAACAGAGUCAAGGCGUGUGGCUGGUUAAGGUUCCCAAGUAUUUAUCUCAGCAGUGGGACAACGCUGCAGAAAAGGGAGAAGUUGGAAAGAUCACCAUUGGAAAAAAACAAGGCAAAACAGAGGUACAUUUCAGCCUCGAUGCAGAGCUGAGCGCGCUGGGUGCCGCGGAGGAGAAGGACGGAUCAUUUCAUGUGCCGCGGGAUCAUCCCUUCACGGUGCAAACAGUGGGUGGUCAGACACUGGCAGUUUUCAGCCAGAGCAGCACAGACGAGAUCCGUCUGGAGGGGAUGGUGGUGUACAGAGCUGAAUGCAGACCGGUCGUCAAUGACAACUACAUGAAGCUAAAGAAGUUGCAGAUUAAAGAGUCCACCAAGCCUCAGCGUAUAUCGCAGCAGCUGGAGAGAGCCGUCACUUCUGUCUUCAAGCCUGUGGCCAACCAUGAUUUCAAUAUGGAGUAUGAGAAGAAGAAGAAGACGGAGGGGAAGAUGGUGAGAGCCGAGCGACAGGUGGUGUUAGACAUGCUCUUCUCCGCCUUUGAGAAGCACCAGUAUUACAACAUUAAGGACCUAGUGGACAUCACCAGACAACCUGUGACUUACCUCAAAGAAAUCAUGAGGGAAAUCGGGACGUACAACAGCAAGGGAACUCACAAAAGCACAUGGGAACUGAAGCCAGAAUACCGUCACUAUCAUUCUGCUGAGGAAGAGGAGAGGGAGAGCGCCUAGCUUCAUCCAGAUCCUCUGCUCCACAUGACACGUGAGCUUUACAGCUGGAGUGUAACAUUGUUAUUGCUCUCAAUGAGUGUAUUCUCUUUUGUUUUGCGUGGCUGAACGCGCACCUACACGCCCACAGUCAACCAUGUUUAGUUCAAAUAUUCUAAAUUCUGCCCUUGUUGAACUUUGUGUUUUACAAAUAUCGUUAAAUCCGAAAGCCCCACUCGCCUUUUAUUUCAUGGAACUGUUUAAUUUGAGCAUGAGAGGCUUUGUUUUGUUCGGUUUUUUGUACCAGCGCAAACAUCUUGUUGUGUCACAGCAGAGAAAGUACAAGUGGAGUCAACGACAACAACAGUGACUCAUUUCCAGCUCUGUAUGAUGUUGUUACGAGAUGCCUCUGUGCAUGAUUGUCAAGUUCCAAGAAAAUAAAACACAGUAGACGUG